AGAUGCCUAAUAGAUUACGUACUAUACCAUUGAAUAAAUUUGUGACAUCUGUGGUGUCAAUACCGUCGUAAUUCAUAAGGCAUGCUCUGGGAGAAAAUGAAUGUGGUUAUUAAAAAACACUCCACCAUUAGAAUGAACUUAAACAACCAACUGUAUUUUAAUUUAUUUAAGUCCUAUUAUAAUAUUUAAAGGAGCUGUUAAUUUUUCAUAGUUUAUCAAUAUAUUUUAUUUAAUAAACUUUCAUAAAAGUCAAAUUAUGAUUAAUUGGUGUGUAGAGUGUUUGAAUAAAAUUAAGUUUUAACCGCUAAGCUCUUAAUUGACCAAUUAAUAUCUAAGAAGAUGAAAGACUCUGGUAUAAUGGUGAGCAGUGGAGCUGCCCAACAAAACAUUGUUACAAAUAACAAUAAUUCCAUCAUACAGAAAGAAACAUCGACUAUCAUGAGUGCACGUAAACUUCCAAAAAAGAGGAAGUUUGAUCCAUCAGAACUUGAAGAAACUGACAAACCCGUUAUGUCAGAACAUCAUCUGCCCCCGAGUGUGGUCGUAAUGCCUCCUCAAUCAAUGGCAGUGGAUUAUUCUGGAACAUCAAAAUAUCAAGAAGCUGAGAGAAGAACAACAUAUGAUAUGCCACCUGUUAUAAAAAUAGAAGAUAGAAGUGAACCUAUUUUAAAUAAAGAGGUGAUCACUUCGCAUGAUGAACCUAACAAUGUACUGAUGCCAACUGCAGAAAUGAACUUAAGUAGAAGAAUGAAUGGACGUUCUGAUAUUGAUUUACGAGAAUGGAUGGAUCACAGGGUAUUAGCUAAGAAAGACCAGGUUUACUUACCUGGAAAAAUCCGACAAGCAGGGUGCAAUGGAGAGGUUUGGGUCGAGUUUGAUCACAUGGAAGGUAACAAAAUGGCUGUGUUCACUGACGUGUUGUGUAGUGGAAAGUACAGUGUGAUAAGUGAUGCUAGUCCUUCACUGCAACAGAUAUAUCUGGGUGUGCGAGUCUGUGUUCGUGUAGCAGGUUCAGACGAGAAUCAGUCAGUGUUUGUUGAAGGAUAUGUUAACAAGAUUAUGAUGUCACCACCAAGAUUUGCUGUCAAACUUGCAAAUCACCAUAACAGUGAACAUGUUGCCAAACGUGCUGAGCUUCGUCUGCUUCAGCCUCCCUGGCGAGAUGAACUGGAAGAUGCCGAGGAAAGAAAUGGACAGAUGCCUCUUCAGGUGCAACAUGUGGUACCUACUCUACAGCCAGUCAGCUAUUACAGGUCUAUGACAACGUCACCUCUACACAAUAAUAUGGCCACUCCUAUAAGCUUACACUCAACUUCAACAGCAUUAUCUAAUGCUAGUGCAGAUGACAUACGGCACAGGAACUAUGAUGACUUCUGUGAAAGUGAUGACGAUUUACGUAGAGAAGAUAUUUUUCUACUCACAGACGCAGAUGGUUGUAAGUUGUCUGGAAGCAGUAAACGUAGCAGUAUGCAGAGUCGAGGCAGCACCUCCAGUCUAAUGGAGCAUGGCAGUAUUACACCUCGCUCCACUCCAGCUACCCCAAGGUCUCAAGCUGCUACACCUCACAAGUACAAGAAAGGCGAUGUUGUGUCAAAUCCAAGUGGCAUUCGGAAGAAAUUCAAUGGCAAACAGUGGCGUCGAUUGUGCUCAAAAGAUGGCUGUACCAAGGAGUCACAGCGGAGAGGCUAUUGUUCCAGGCAUCUCAGUCUCAAGGGAAGCAGUCUUCGUGCAGGACCAGCAAAUUUCCCAAGAGGAAAAGGCAGUGUACUGGAUGGUGAAGAAACAUCUCGUGACUCUGACACUUCUCCAAACUAUGGAGAUCGUAGAAUAGCUGGCCGUUUUGAUCCUGAAGAAACAGAAGCAGCUAACAUGCUAGUAUCACUGGGCAGUUCGCGUUCAGCAACACCAGCAUUCUCUUCACCCACAGGUGGCUCGGCCGUGUCACCGUGUACCAUGCAAUCCCCUGUCACCGUCGGACCACGCCACAAUGUCUUCCUACCCAUCAACAACAGUCGGCCCCGCCAGCCCCGACCUUCUCCUGUUCAGCCUCACUUCAUGGUCAGCUCCUUUCAGCAACAUGUCAUCAGGCCAGACAUAGUGAGGCCAGGAGCGAUCAUGUUGCAGCAGACCUCACCUACAAGUCAGGGCAUGGCUACCAGUGUCAUCCGUAUCUCUCCCAGUCCUGCUGGACUUCAGCCUCACCCUCACAACGUUGCGUGGAGAGUAGACAGUCCCCCACCACCUCCCCCACCAGUUCCUCACAGUGUCGUCGUCACUUCCUUGCCUAAUCAUAAUAUACUGCAGCAGGCUCUCACCAGUACUGAUAUACACAGCAGUGAACGGUUGAUGAAAACAACGCAGAUGUCUGAAGAGUCCAACCAUCAUCACGUCCCUAUGACUCAGGAAACAGUAAUUAAGAAAGAGAUGUCCCAUCAACAAGUUUAUAUUGAAAAAAGUACACCACCAUCUGUUCUCCAGCAGGGAAGCAAGAUUCGGGUGGGACUCCACAUAGCUACAGCUCCAGUAAACUCAAUGCACUCUCCUUCUCCUCCUCGUCACCAGGUCAUUAGCCCGCCCACCUCCCAGUGUGACAAGAACAUGUUCCAGCAGGUUAUUGUGCAUCCAACAGAAUUGCUUCCUGUCUUACCUUUUCAAACUAAAUCCGCCGACCAGCCAGAGAAACAUGAAAACACCACGAUUGUAAAUGAUAACUGCUCAGGACAAACGACAUAUUCGUGGGAAACACUGGUACCUCUGUUGAAUGGCUCACCAUCUACGACGCCCCCUCCCCUAUCUCCACCCCUGAGUGCUCCACCUGUGGCAGAUAUCCCACCAGAGGAGGAUGAUGAUGUGUUUGAGCCAGAAGGAACUGCUCCUACUGUAAGCGACACUGGGAGUAAAAGGAGAACACAGUCAUUGAGUGCUUUGCACAACAGUAAAGAGCCACAAAGCCCUCUUAAAGCUAAAGAACGAGAUCGUAUUCGGAGACCGAUGAAUGCUUUUAUGAUAUUUAGUAAAAGGCAUCGUGCUCUAGUUCACCAACGACAUCCUAAUCAGGAUAACCGUACAGUUUCAAAAAUCCUUGGAGAGUGGUGGUAUGCUUUAGGACCUGAAGAGAAGCAGAAAUACCACGAAUUAGCAUCUGAGGUUAAAGAAGCUCAUUUCAAAGCACAUCCAGAAUGGAAGUGGUGCAGCAAAGACAGGCGGAAGUCAUCGACUGGAUCUAGCCGGGGGAAACUGGGGUCUGUGGAUGAGGGUGUGGAAGGUGUAGUGAUGGCAGCAAUGUCACCCCCCGGACACCCUACCUCACCACAGCCCAUAGCUGAAGUAGAGAUCCCACAAGACACCACUGAGGCAAAACUUCAUGAUGGAGUUAAAGUUGCUGUUUAUGAAGAGGAAUUCUCUGAUGAUGAUAAAAUGGUAAUUUGCUGUGAGGAAACAGAGAUUGAUCUCAAAUGUAAAGAAAAGGUGACUGAUUCUGAUUCUGAAUCUCAAAGUGAGACGGAGCCACUCAUUGAGAACAAAGCAUUUCCUCAGCAGAGAUUUAGUCCUGUAUCAGGAGUUAAAGCAACAGGAGAAGUCACUUGCCGCCCAAAACCCAUCAAAGCAAGAUUACCUUCUGGAAGCCUAGAGAGUGGUGCCACAUUUCAACAUACACCCAUCAGUGGAGAAUCAGUCACUGUGUUAUCAUCUUAUCCUUAUCACUCUCCUCUCAAUCCAGCAGGGGUCUGUGCAUUUCAACCAACAGGAGGUGCAUUCAAAACCAUGCCCAUAUCACCGAAGGUUGUGAAAAGUGAACAGUUUCCUACAGUGUCCUCCACAUCAACUUCAACAGUGAACUGGACAGUUGCCAGCACUCCAAUGGAAGAUUGGACUAAGACCUCCACAGGAGCAAUACGCAAUGGAGCCAGCCAGCCCACCAGACACCCGAGCUCUGUUGUACACACUACAGUGAGAGUGAGCUCUGCCCAGGUGAAACCUCCACCCGUCCUGACCACCGCUGUUCUGCAAACCCAACCUAGUCGCAACAUGGCUCCACUGCUACAGUCUCACAGUGCCAGUGUCAAAACCACACCGAUACUGACCAAUGCGACAAUCCUUCAGCCUUCCUUGGCAAAGAAUGUGUCUACUUCCGGCAGUUCGUUGUUGCUGCCUAGUCAGACCAAUAUCAAAGCUCUUCCCAUCCUACAAACAUCCACCUCCAAGGCACCUGUGUCGCACUCGUACCAGCAACCUGUGACAGUGACUUUUAUAAAUCCUCUGGAUUCCGGUCAACUUCUCAAUACUCUUCUCUUCAAACCAAUUGGAAGAGUUGAAUCAACGAACAACCCCACCCCUGGAGAAACAUCAGUUCAAUAUGUUGUUCACAAUGGGAGGAUACAAAAUGUUUAUGUUCCGGCACAAACUGGUUUUCAAAUUCCCAUAUCAGAUGUAAGUGGACAUCCAAUCUCAGUGCAACAAGCUACGCCCAUCAAACUGGUCACCAGCCAACCUCACACUUCAACAGUAAUAGUCAGCAAACACAACAGUGUUAUGAAGAAAGAAGAAGACCGUCCAAAGGCUCAGUAUUGUGAAAGUGCAACAGUUAAUGGAGAGAUUGAAAAAUUAAAUAAUCAGUAUUACCAAGAACUUGUGAAAGAAACAGAAACCACUGUGGAACACAUGGCUCUUGUGGAACCACCUGCUGAGCAGGAACAAGUGGUAACUUUCAAGAGAGAUGUGCAGAUGGAAGAAGAAAGACAAACAUUUGUGCUAGCCCCAACACCAGCUCAACUAGGAAAAGCUCCAUUGCAACGAAGACAAUCUAUGGCUGUUCCAGUUACGUCAGGAAGCCAGGAAGAGCCCCAAUCCAACAACUGUCAGUUGGUCAAUAAUCCUCAGUCAGAACUGAUAACUCACGGUUGCGGUACCACAGAUGAGGAUCAUGGUUCCAUUCCAGAAUCACCUUCAACUAAAAGGAGCUUCUUUAAGAAAAAUGUUGAGGAUGGAAUGGAUAGGGUAUUGGAACAAGUAAACUUUGAAAAGAAGUUUUCCUCUCUACCAGAGUUCAAACCAGAAGAAUGCCAAUCUCCAAGUGCCAUAUCAGUUCCCAGCAGUCCUCAUGUCUUCAAUGCCCAGACAUUCCGUAAAAAGCAACAGCCUCAACAUCGCUCAAACGUUGAAGAGGAGUCUACACCUGAAGUAGCAAUGUCUGCUACUCCAAAGUCUGCUAAACUGGUUGGUUCUACCUUCUUUGGGCCAGAUUUCAAUAUUGAGGUGUUCAAAGGGUCAACUGUAGACUUGGACAGCUUAGAUGCUUCUUCACCUCGGACCCCAAAAACCCCUGGCAGUCGAGACCCAGACAAAGGCCAUCGGAGGGUAUUAGAACAGCGACGACAGUUAGUGAUGCAACUUUUUCAUGAGCAAGGAUUUUUCCCUUCCACACAGGCUACUACAGCAUUCCAAUCAUGCCACGUAGAUAUCUUCCCCAACAAAACAUCACUACAGCUGAAGAUUAGAGAAGUGCGUCAGAAAUUAAUGGCCAAUCAGUCUGCACAUACUCCAAUGAGUGGAAAUGCCCUGACUAGUCCAGUUGAUUCCACUGCCUCCACUCCUGGAGUUUCUUCAUUGCUUCACUCUGUGAUACCUGUGUCGUCCAGCAGUUAACCUUAAAUCCAUAUAAUAUUAUUUUACUAACAUUGUUUUCCUUCAUUGUGAAUUAGAACUAAUUGUACAUAACAUAUAGUACAGAUGCACGUUUUUAAGGAACUCAUAUUCAUUUAAAUUCAAGUACUUAGAUAAUAAUUGUUUUCUGUGUAGUCUUUUUCAUUGUAUAUUUGUUAAUAAGUUUGUAAUUUUUGUUGUAUAGGUGUCAAGUUACGUCUUCUGUUUUAUGUAAGCACAAUAUUAUUUUCCUUAAUAGGAGUGUGAAGUAUAUUUAUAAUGUUUAUAAUAAUUAUUAUUUGUAUAUACCAGAAAUAGUUAGAUGUCUGUGAGCUGUUGGGUUCAUUUUCUGUUACAGUUAUAUAUAGUUUUUAUGUUUUAAUAAUUUUAUAUUUAAGUGUUAUACAUUAUAGUAAUGUAAUUUUGCAAUGUUUCAAUGUACAAUUAUAUUUUAUUACUGUUUUAACUAUA